ACAAAUGGAGGCCAUCGAGAAGAGGGAAGUGUUAGCAGCGGUACGAAAAAUGAACACACCAUAGCAGGCCAGAAAGCGGUAGAAAACAAUCCACAUGUUGGUGGGGUACCUGAAAAAGCAGCUGGUGAUAUUACUGGUAAUCCUGAUUCUGCACGUGGAGAGACUGGAGUUGCUGCUGUUGAUGUUGAAACUACUUCUCCAACACGUGAGACUGGUCCACGUACAACUGAAAAUAUUAAUCCCCAGAUUGAAGGAGGAGAAGCGUUGGGCCCUAAGGCACAGAAUGAGGAUGACUCUUUAGCUGCUGGUCACGGGAAUGAGAGACACUUAACUGCAGAGGGACAAGAUGAGAAAUUGGAAACCCCACCACAAGGAAGGGAUGAUAGGAGUACAGGGAGAACUACAACAUCUUCUACCAAUGAAGUGAGCAGUACAGGAACUGCGGACAAUAACGGGAAUCAACACACAGAAGAAGGAGAUAAUGGUGUUCAGUCUANCAGCAGCAGCAGUAUCAGCAGUUCUGUGUGGGUGCGUGUACCACUACUGAUUGUGGUUACACUGGCCUGUAUUCUUGUAUGCUGA